GCGGGAUAAACAGUAAUGGCGGAGGCGGUGGCGGCGCUGGAGACAACGGCGGGCGCGGCGGCCGCGGCCCUGGGGUCACCCGCAGCGGCUGCGGGAGCGGCGGCCGUCGCCUUCGACUUCGCGGCCGUGCCGCCACCCUCUGCGGGGCCGGGGGGAGGCGGCUGGACCAAGCAGGUCACCUGCAGAUACUUCAUGCAUGGAGUCUGCAAGGAAGGCGACAACUGCCGCUACUCCCAUGACCUCUCCACCAGUCAGUCUACCAUGGUGUGCAGGUAUUACCAGCGAGGAUGCUGUGCUUAUGGAGAUCAUUGCAGAUACGAACAUACCAAGCCACUAAUACAGGAAGAAGUGACUGAUGUGAAUCCAGAGGCAGAAAUCUAUCCAUCAGUGUCCUCAGAGUUUGCAUCACUUCCUGAAACAGUUGAAGAAUUUAUUGCUGAGAUAGAAGAUGAAAAUACAGAUCUGGCAGCAGCAGGAGUAGGAGCUGAAGACUGGGUGAAUGCUGUGGAGUUUGUCCCUGGGCAGCCAUACUGUGGACGUGGCCCCCUUCAGGUCCUGGAAGGCUGCAGUAAGGUCACCCCGGAGCCUUCACUUCUCCAGGCCGAACAACCCCAACUCUCUGAGCCUUUCCUCAUAGGGGAGGUGUUCCAUCCCUCUAACCAUCUUCAUGGCCCUCAACUAGCUGCUCCUUUCUGUGCUGAAGCACCCUUGCAGGAAAUGGUGAUUGAAGAAGAAUAUGAGAAGCAGCAGGCAGAUGUGGAGAUGAAGAAGGAGCUGUGCCCCUAUGCUGCAUUAGGAGAAUGUCGUUAUGGAGAAAACUGCGUGUAUAUCCAUGGGGACGUGUGUGAUAUGUGUGGCCUGCAGGUCUUGCAUCCCAUUGAUGCUGCACAGAGAUCUCAGCACAUAAAGUCUUGCAUUGAAGCUCACGAGAAGGACAUGGAGCUUUCCUUUGCCGUCCAGCGCAGCAAAGACAUGGUGUGCGGGAUCUGCAUGGAGGUGGUGUAUGAGAAAGCUAAUCCUAGCGAGCGCCGCUUUGGGAUCCUCUCCAACUGCAGCCACACUUACUGUCUCAAGUGCAUCCGCAAGUGGAGGAGUGCUAAACAAUUUGAGAGCAAGAUUAUAAAGUCCUGCCCAGAAUGCCGGAUCACAUCUAACUUUGUCAUUCCAAGUGAGUACUGGGUGGAGGAGAAGGAAGAGAAGCAGAAACUCAUUCAGAAAUACAAGGAGGCAAUGAGCAACAAGCCAUGCAGGUAUUUUGAUGAAGGCCGUGGGAGCUGUCCAUUUGGAGGGAACUGUUUUUACAAGCAUGAAUAUCCUGAUGGCCGCCAAGAGGAGCCACAAAGACCCAAAGUAGGAACCUCAAGUAGAUACCGGGCCCAGCGGAGGAAUCGGUUCUGGGAGUUCAUCGAGGAGCGAGAGAAUGGUGAUCCCUUUGAAACUGACGAGGAUGAGGUGGUGACCUUUGAGCUUGGUGAGAUGUUGCUGAUGCUGUUGGCAGCUGGAGGUGAUGAUGAGCUAACGGAUUCCGAGGAUGAGUGGGACUUAUUUCAUGACGAGCUGGAAGAUUAUUAUGAUUUGGAUCUAUAGCACCUGUCAGUGGAGUGUGGACUGUUGUCUUGGCUUCAGGCAGUAGCUAUUACCUGUGGUGUUGUGGCAGUGCCUGUGUUUCUCCUAGGCAGGCCGAUCAAUUCCAGGUGCUGUUGUAAUAACUUUUACCCAGGGUCUGUCUCUUCCCUUCCCCUCCUCUCCCACCCCAGGAGUGUUGUUUUUCCUCUGUUUCAACAAAUAACAAGAAAUAAAUCUUUAAAAUGUUA